AUGGGAUGGAAGGGUAAGGAGGGAUACUUGGAAAAUAAGGUUAACUUUGUCGUGCCGCGUCUAUGUCAUUUUUGGAAACCACAUCUCUGGAAUAAGCAGUGGGUCAUCUUGAGGGACUCUUAUGUCGCCUUUCUUUCUGAUAUAGCAUCAACAACCAUCAAGGACGUCUUUCUAUUUGAUAAAAGUCUCCUGGUGCAAACCAAGAAUCCAGGGAUAUUUGGAAAGUAUCAUCAUCAUAUCGCCCUUGAAAAUAAGUUUAGACGGAUUGAGAUUAAGGGUAGCCGUCGUGAAGUCGAAGAAUGGAGAGAGAGUAUUCAGCGUGUGCUGGAUAAUAGCCCAUGGAUUAAGAAUCACCGAUUUGGUUCGUUUGCGCCUAUACGACAUGACUCCAAGGUCAAUUGGUUCAUUGAUGCAGAGGAUCAUUUUAAUGCAGUAGGAGAGGCGAUCUUGUCUGCAAAAUCUGAAAUUUAUAUCGCUGAUUGGUGGUUAUCACCCGAACUAUAUCUUCGAAGACCUCCUGAACAAAAUGAAGAGUUUAGGAUCGAUCGAGUUUUGAAGCGAAAGGCAGAGGAAGGCGUCAAGAUUUAUAUCAUCAUUUAUAAAGAAAUGUCGAUGGCUCUCACUAUUAAUUCGUCUCACACCAAGUUAUGGCUGCAGGGACUUCAUAAGAAUAUUAUUGUCGUUAGACAUCCUGAUCAUCGAUCCAUUGAUAACAAUGUUUUGUUUUGGUCACAUCAUGAAAAAAUUGUGGUUGUGGAUAACCGUUUAGCAUUUGUUGGAGGUCUUGAUUUAUGCUGGGGUCGCUAUGAUACUCAUGCACACAGGAUUACAGAUUAUCCAGCAGAAGGUCACACUCAUGAAACAUUCCCUGGACAAGAUUAUUCCAACCCAAGAGUGAAGGACUUUAUGAACGUGGCUCAAUACAAACUGACUUUGGUCGAUCGUAAUGUAACACCUCGUAUGCCUUGGCAUGACAUGACAGUUGGCAUGGUAGGUCCUAUUGCUCGGGAUGUCGCUCGACACUUUAUUCAGCGCUGGAACUUUUUAAAGUCGUCCAAAGGCAUGCACCGUCCGAGCGUGCCCUACUUGAUGCCAAAAGGCGAAUACGUAGCAGCACGCGACGAAAGCGUCUUCAAAGGCAGCUGUCGAGUCCAACUGCUGCGCAGUUCAGCGCAGUGGAGUUCAGGUAUCACACGCGAACACUCGAUCUACAAUGCAUACAUGGAAUGUAUCACAAAAUCCAAGCACUUUAUCUACAUUGAAAAUCAGUUCUUUAUUAGCGCCACUAAGGAAGACAAAUUACUGCGCAACAAGAUUGCUCAGGCAAUUGUGGAACGUAUCAAACGAGCCCAUGCCAAAGGAGAAAAUUACAAGGUCUUUAUUCUCAUCCCUCUGAUUCCCGCAUUUGAAGGCGAUCUUGCAUCUAGCGACGCGUCAGCCGCACGCAACGUGAUGCAUUUCCAGUAUAUGACCAUUUCGCGAGGCGGCAGUUCAAUUGUGGAGAAGCUGAAGGAGGCAGGUAUCGAGCCCUCGGAUUAUAUUGGAUGGUACAGUUUACGUAAUUGGGACAAGUUGGUGCCUACCGAACGAGAGACAUCAACUUCUGAAGCAGUACCUAACCCACCUACGACUGCGCCCAAGGAACAACGACCAGGAGCAGGUGUAGCAGGGUCUUCGACGGGCGGUGUGCCGCCUGUGCCAGCACCUCCCAAGCCAUCAGCAUUCUCUGAAACAGAGUCACCUCCUUUACCACAGACACCCGUAGAAGGUCAAAAGAGUCAUGAAGAAGAUGGAAGAGAGUAUUUUGUGAGUGAGCUGGUCUAUAUUCACGAUAAGCUCUUGAUAGUUGAUGAUCGUAUUGUACUUGUGGGCUCAGCCAACAUCAAUGAUCGAUCACAACUAGGCAAUCGAGACUCUGAAGUAGCAGUGCUGAUAGAAGAUACCGAAAUGAUCCCAUCCUAUAUGGAUGGCAAAGAAUACAAGGCUUCCAAGUUUGCGCACACACUUCGUAUGCAACUCUUCAAGGAACACUUGGGCUUACUCAAGUUUACCGAUUGGAACUCUCUUAUCGAGGACCCAGACAAACCGGACGGACACGACUAUCCUCAUGAAAGUCAUCCAGCCGUCACAGAAGAGACAAUCAAGGACUACGAGCAAACAGGAGCUGCGCGUGUUCUAGACCCACUGGCACCCCAUUGCUUUUACAACAUCUGGAAUAGGACCGCUCGAGAGAACACGUUGAUUUACCGUAAAUUAUUUCGCUGUGUUCCAGAUGAUACAGUACAUACCUUUGAACAGCACAGAAAGUUCGUGCCUGAUCCUGCUAAAAUACCUCAUGGCCAUAUUGCUGAUCCGGAGUUGCAUGGAAAGGACAUUUUGAAAGAGUUGAAAAAGAUACGUGGGCACUUGGUACAGUUCCCUUAUGAUUAUCUUAAAGAUGAAAAUAUGUUGGGGUCGCUCAUUCGGGAAACAGUGACUCCAAUGACUAUCUUUACUUGA